AUGGCUGCGGUGGAUUUUGGAGAUUCAGAAUUGUUCGACCAAUUCGAGGAGAAAGCGCCAGCGCACAAUCGUCUGACAGAUGAAGGUGAUGAUGAGGAGGGUGAGAGUUCAGAUCGACUCCGGGAGCUUCGGCAGACAUUAGAAGUGUGCGAGGAAACAAUAGAGCGUCUGAACGCAGAGAAUGAGGAACUGAAGAGAAAGUUGACCAUAUUAAGUCGUCCUACAGGUAUAAAAAUAGCAGAUUCCAAAACCGAUGGGCCACUUUGUCAGGUUAAUUAUGGAAACAGCAUCAUUUCCAAGCAGUGUCGGAAAGAAAUUGAAGACUUCAUCUACGGUCUUGUCCAGAAACGCCUACAUGAGUGUAACAAUGAUAAAGAAGGCUCUGCUCUUCAUGUCAACCCACAUCUUUCAAGUUUCAUCAUGGAGGAGAGCUAUAAAGCGAAGACUACCAGUGACUCUAAACAUAUAAAAAAUGCUUUCAGUAUAAUAGGGAGCGUUUUAUACUUCGCCAACUUCUGUGUUGAUAAACUUGGCCAGCCGCUGCUGAAUGAAAACCCCCAGCUGACUGACGGAUGGGAAGUUCCCAAAUACCAGCAGGUCUUUGGCCAGAUCAUUGCCCUCGAGGGCCAAGAGGUGCAGAUAAAGGAGAAAAGACCUAAACCGUGCUGUUUUAACUGCUGCUCUGAGGGCCAUCAACUGCGAGACUGUCCGGAGCCCAAAGAUAUGGCUCGUAUCAAUGAAAAAAGAAAGGAGUUUUCACAGAACAGCAAUCAGAGCAACCAACGUUACCAUGCAGAAGAAGUUGAGGAGCGAUUCGCAAAGUACAAGCCGGGAAUAAUGAGUCAAGACCUCCUUGAUGCUCUUGGGAUUACCACAAACACCCUUCCUCCAUUCAUCUAUCGCAUGAGGGAGCUCGGUUACCCGCCUGGCUGGUUAAAAGAAGCAGAAAUGGAAAACUCAGGCCUGAUGCUCUAUGAUGGAUCAAAUGAUGGCGAUGAAAAUAACCCCAGCCAAAAGAUCUCUUAUGAUGUCUCCAAGCUGGUUGACUUUCCUGGCUUCAAUGUCUCUAUACCGCCCAACGUAAGAGAUGAUUACAGGUCAUUCGGUUCCAUUCCAAUGCAACCUCAGCAAUGGAAGCAAAAUUUUGCUGCUUUUUUAAGCAGUACCUUUCCGCAGGCCACCAGCUGCAGUAAGAGGCGUCAUGAGUCUGAAUCAACACCCCAGAAGACAAAGAAAUGGAGAUCUAAUUCAGAGCAAACACACCAGGCGUCGGAUAUGGAGAUAGAGUCAGAUCAUGACGCACCUCAAAUGAGACCUGAUGGUUUCCAGUUCCACCCGCCACUCCCUCCUGGUACUUCGUCCAUGAGCGUUCCUCCGCCUUUACCGCUGGGAACGCCUCCAACCACACCUCCAGUCCCUAAGGGAACUCCACCAGCAACUCCACCUACAAGUUAUUCUCCAUCCACCCAAGUGAGGGGGAUGACGGAGGGGGAGGAGUCAGAAGAUGGGCUGUCUCUGGAGGAACUAGAGGAGCAGCAAAGGCUUCUUUGGGCUGCCCUUGAGAAGGCAGAUACUACAACCAACAGUGAUUCUGAAGCUGGAGCUUCUGAGACCCCCGUCCCAAGUUCCCCCAGUGUCGUCACUUCGCUUAGGCUUGACACUGAGGAAGAAGGAGAAAAGAUGGAGGACCUGAGUCAUACAUAUGAAAUCAAGAGCACACCAUCUUCACCUGCUGAUCCAGUAACUAACUGUGAGGAUGAGACCAUAGAAAAAACAACCUGUGAAGGACAGGAAAAACAUUCGAUUAAUGAAAACACGAUCGACUUGAGUGAUAUUAUCGUCCUGGAUGAAAUUUACGAGGAAAACAGUAAUCAUGAUGCAACAAAUGGAACUUCAGCCUCUCCGCAGAUAAGCACACAAGAGUCGAACGCUCAAGUGGCUGAUGACACGGAGGAACCUGUCAUAAAUAAAGUCGCUUUCGUCCCACACCGUAGCAGAUUUGCUGCGGGAAUAAUUCCUUUCGAGGACACUCCUGAGUUUACAGAGGUUGCUGAAGCAACGGGGGUUUACCUCAAAAUUCGAGAUUUACUAAAAGGCUCUCCAAGAAAUCAGGCAAAAAAUAAGAAAUAAUCGAAGUCGUCUGUUUUUACUGCUCACCUGUGGACAAUAAGCAUUGUUUUUUUUCCCUCUUACUACAGUCCUUUUGUAUGUAGUUUUACUUUGGUGCUUUGGAUCUUUUUACUGCUAUCGUGUGAAUUUUUUUUUUUUUUUUUUUUUUUAAACACAUAAAGGUUACAUUUGAUUUGUACCUGAAUAUUAACUGAUUGUGGGUACUUGAUCUGUGCGCAGUUUUUUUUAAUUGUUAUUUUUCCUGUUCAGUUCUCUGUAAUUUCAGUUGUUAUUGCUACAUCUCUUGGCAUGCUCAUUUGUAUGCCCGCCAUAGAUUACCUGUGUAAUUUAUUGUGAAUAUCUUUUCAGCUUAAAUUUCUUAAGAAUUCUCACUCGAUUAAAAGUUUUUAACUUGAA